AUGGCUGCUCCACCAUCAUAUGCACCGACAUCGACCACUUCAUACACGCCAGCAGGAGUGAAUCCUAGUAUUGAUUACCACCAAGAAAUCACCAGGGGUGCAAUCCUCACCACAUCUGUCCACAAGGCAGUGUACGAGUCACUAUGUGAGAUCUAUUCCAUUAUCACCGUGCUUGAAAUGGUGGAGAAUGCCUUCUUGAAGGACUUCGUCACGGACAAGGAGAAGUAUACCAGCACAGUUAUGCGGCUAAUUAACCAAUACCAGAUCUUGGUACAGAGUCUAGGCAAAAGCGAUGCUCACCGUUCCAUCUUGAGAGAUGUCUUGCCAGGAGUGGCCGACGACAACUCCAAUUUUCUAACGUUGCUUCAGGAGAAGUUCUCUAUCCAUCUGUCGUUAGCUGCUGAUCGUCUCACCUCAGGAAUUCCCGCCACUAUCGAACACAUGCAUACCGUAGUUGAUAGUUCCAGUCAUCCUGUUCAAGUAGCUGAUCAAGGAGCUGGCAAGGCGCUGGCAGCCGGAACCAGGCUAGUGGCGGAAUCCACCGGUAAUUUUAUCACUAUUAUGGACGCAUUGAAGUUGAACUAUAACACAAAAGCCCAACUUCAUCCACUCUUGAGUGAUUUGGUGAUUUCUCUCAAUGAUCUCGUGACCAUUGAUAAUGAGAGCAGCAAGCCCAUGGACUUCCCUGGAAAAUCAAAGCUUGUUAACUGGCUUAUCAAGCUCAACAAUUUGGAAGACACCCAGGAACUACUAGCCACAGAUUGCGACCAGUUCUUGGAAGACUUGGAUUCCGCCUACAAAGGUUUCUACAACUCUCUAGAGUAG